ACUACUCGCGAGUCGAGUUCGAGUCCGAGCAAAGUCAGCCUAUACAAUCCCGAGUCCGUUCUGGAAGAUCUAUCCGAAAAUCCAAACUCAACUUCGUCUCCCCAGCAGUUCUACGCGUGUCUAAGACACUCGCAGUCCCGUCAAGAAACUGCCUCAUAUGCUGAAACCGACCCAGAAACAGCAGAGAGAACCAGAAGACAAAUCUUCUGGUAUCGCAGACAAAGACGUAAAGCAUCUCCUCCCGAGCUGUCAGAGCACCAUCGACGAUAUCUGGAGGAUGUAGGUGCGCUCCUCGUGCUACCAAAAUCAACAACCGACGCCUUGCUACCAAUCUAUACAACGCUAUUGAACGACCUGAUUCCCAUACUUGACGGGGGCAUUUGUCUCGUCGCAUGCAAGAGCAAACAAGCAGCGCCCUUUCUGCAAGUAGUCGAGGACGGCGAGGUUUUGAACUCGUUAGACUUCGCUUCCAAACUGCUCACAGGUCUGGACGCUGCCAUGAAAGCAAAUCUUGAGCCAGACCGGGUCACAAAGAUUCAAAUUCUGGCUUUGAUGCAUUUACACAAUGAUGGAAUAGGUGGCGUAGACCGGUCUUCGAGCUAUUUGUCGCAAGCCAUAUGCGAGGCAUGGUCUAUAUCGCUCCAUCUCAAUGUUCCAAGAAGCCCAGAUCGUAGACAGGGCGACUUUCUUUGGUGGGCACUCAGGAACUUUGACCGAUUGAACAAGCCAAUCAUGGGGGCAGCACCUUUCAUGAUUGAUGAUACCGACAUCGCGCUUGAGCGCAUUGCCUUGACGGAGGGAGACUACAGGUCGCAGCUAAUGUCAGUCUCACUAGCGCUCGGGGAUCUCAUGAUCACCGCCACUAGGGUCUACAAAGCAAGCUCCAAAGCUACUGUAGAUGACUGCGGUGAAUUCCCAUCACUCUCGAAGCUCACGUCAAACACAUCUUUUGACGGUUUCCACAGGUCACAUGCAGCCUACCUCGAGAUCUGGUAUCACGUUGCUGCUAUGCUGUCCUGUCGAUACAGUGGCCCAGGCAGUCCUCAAUACAAUCGCCGUCUUGCGUCGGCCGGAGGGGUGCUCGGCAUCAUAUCCAAAGAAGGCUCUGAACGGCUCCCACCCUUACCUCUGGUCCCAUACGCUGUGUCAAUGGCCACAACAGUUGUUUACCGCGCAUUGAGAGAUAACCAAAGAGAUACUGUGACUACCUGUGCGGACCUCGGCCUUUGCUGCAAGGCACUGGACGUUCUAUCAGAAAGAUGGACUACUGUCAAAGGUGUAGCAAGACUGGCCAAGCGCUUAUUGCAAUUCAUCCAGCGAAGCGUUUACGAUGAGCAACCCCAAUGCACAUGCCUAGGCCAUGCCUCGGGUUCAUUGGUGCCUACUUCUAAAGGAAGACCCUGUCACUCAGCGCUUGAAACUGAAAUUGUACCUGUCAGUCCUAACACUUUGGUCAGAAAUGUCCCUGACCAAUUAUCCGGAGGGCGAUCUGAGGAUACGGAGCGGGAUGCCUUGCGCGAAGUGCAGUUGCCGACUCCAGCUGGAGACCUUUGGGAUCAGGGCGAUGUGUCAUACCUUCAACUGGACCGGGCGUUUUAUGACAUGUUCGAUGAUGGAAUGCCUGAUAUUUUUCGCGACUCUACAACCUGGGAUUUUAUGCAUGCACCUGAGGGGUACUAUGAUCAUCCAUCAAUUGAGUAG